GAAACACGUGAGAUGGCAGAAGAAGAGCGUUGCGCGGAUACUGCGCAAAGCUUGAGGAAGUUCAGCAGAUUAGAAGAUGCAUGAGGAGUGUGUGUCUCUGCAGGUGUCUCUCAGUGUGGUUGGAGCAUUGGAGUGUGUAGUGCAGCGUUGUUUCGGUCCAGAUGGUGGAAGUGUGCUGUUCACUCGAGACACAGGAGAGAUCCUAAUCACCAGACAUGGAGAACGUGUUCUCAGCACACUACACCUGGAGCACCCAAUGGCCAGGAUGGUGUUGGAGUGUGUGUGUGCGCAUGCUAAAGUUACUGCAGAUGGCACAAAGUCAUUCAUUCUCCUGUUAGCCGCACUGUUGCGAGGAAUUCGGGACUCUGCGCACAAACACGGCAAAGGAUACUUGAACGCCCCCCGCCUUGGAAAUCUUGCCAUGCAGCUGCUGGCUCUCAGCUGGAAAGAGUUGGAUGAUGUCAUAGCUCACAAAAUUAUCCCAUAUGCCUCUUCGCACUACAGUCGCCAUGUUUACAAACUAGAGGGCAGCGUCUUAGAUUCGUUGGUUGCCGGGUAUAUCGCUGGACGAGUCGGUAUCGGCCAGGCUGACGCACUGAAACGUGUUCUCUGCGAGUUCUACCACAAAGUCAGCCAAGAUCAGAACGCAGAAGAAACGGUAGCGUUCCUCCAUUCGCAUUUCCCCCUGUUGCACACGUCAGUGUCAGGACUUCCUGUCGGCUGCUCGGAGGUGAUUGAAGGGCUGGUCGUGAAUCGUGAUUGGUCAGUGUGGACUGAAAUGGCAGGACCAUUGAAAGCACUAGUUGUAUAUGAGAGCUUUGGGCCUUGCCUUGAGGUUGAGGUAGGUGACAACAUAUCUGUGCGUCUUCAACAUGACUGGAUGUCCCGUACAGAGAUCGUCUUAGAGCAAAAGUUAGCAAAUCUUUUGGACUUAAAUGUAUGUGUGGUGUUGUCUUCCGUGAAACAGCCUGAAAUUGUGUCGCAAUGGGCUCGUCUUAAGCAUGUUGCUCUAUUAGAGUGUGUCGACUCAGCACAACUGGACUUACUUUGCAAGGUCAGUACUACAAAUACCCUCCCUAAUCCACCACUUCAACAUCUCAUGACGCUAAAGUUCUGUAGCCGUGUACAGCUCGGAGGACACAGGUAUGCUUGUCUGGGAACGUUCCCGCAAGGUGUGCUUCAAACACACACGCUUGUUCUUUGUGCACCUGCGCCUGGACUGCUCGACCAGACUGUGUGCGUGAGCCAAGGCGUCUUCACGAUGCUGCGUCACCUGUGUCAGUCGACCAUUAGUACACAAAGUCUCCGAAAUAAUCGCACAGAUUCUAUGUAUGAUAAGUUUCAAUGCUCUGUUCUGGAUCCUUCACAAAGCACUCUUUCAGCUCAGGACGUAUGGGGUCGAAUUAUUAGAGCUGGUGGAGUGCUACCUGUUGGUGGCAUUUUUGAGUUCCUGCUACAUCACUUCCUUUUGAAUGACCAUAACCAUGGUGACUCAGAGAUCCGUAGGAUUUUGGCAGAAGCAUUGCUGAGUGUGCCUAGAACUUUGCACUUUCGCAGACGCUUCCUGGAAGUCCAAACGCACUUCUUAAGAGAUCUUAAGAAAUGGGACGAGACCAAAGUGCCUGAGCUAAAGUUUGGGCUUGAGUUAAAUGGCGUUUCAACAUCUCCGCUGUGUUUAGAGUCAGUCGGUGGGAAGCAGCAGCUGGUUGUUUCUGUGUUGCAGUGUUUGAACAGACUCUUAUGUGUGGGGGCCAUUCUACACACCCACCGCUCUAAAAUAUCUCCUGGCCCUCAAGCAUACUCCGAGGAAGACGAGGAGGGAAUCCGUUCAAACAACACAACUACUGGAUGAGCAAUAGACUAUAUUAUUCAGUCACCUGCUACAUACAGAUCCUAUACACAUUAACCUCCGACUGGUGUUUACAGUGGCACCACCCAAAUAUUUGGACACUUAAGACAUCUGGGUUCUAAAACUAAAAUGAUGUCACCACGUAUAUAGUUUAGGUCUUGAGGCUUUGCUUUUGAAACCGUGUGUAUUUUAGUGUUUAUGGACUGGACCCAUUCACUUCCAUUGUAUGUGUCUCACUGUAACAGCUAUUUUUGCUUUCUUUUAAACAAAAUAAUAUAUAAAAUAAUAAUUUUCUGGGGUAAUCAGCAUCAUGCUAGCUUAACUUGUGUUGAACCCGGCACAUUCAUAGUCAUAGCAUUCGAUUAUUCAAUAUCAAACCAAGUGGCAUCUGAAAAUAAAUGAUGCAAGAGCUUUUUUUCACUAAAUGUACUUUUUUGAGCCAUUUGUAGAAUUACUUUGAACUAGCAGGUCUCAAGGUCACUGGUGUCUUAGAGUAACCACAGGUGGAGUUCACCACAUUUAUCACUAAUAUUUGGCAACCAGAAAA